CCUUGCGCCAUUCUUAGACAAGAUAAGGACGUCAAUUUAGCCUUUUGAAAAAUGACCAGUCCGAAAAGGAAUGGAAGAAAACCAUUCAGAGGCCGCAAUACGACACCUUGGGCUACGAACAAAGGCGAACAAGCUGCCAGAACUCCGCCCAGUGCGCAGCAGGCCAGCGACCUGCGGGGGGGUGAGCAGAGGAACAGCGAUCAUGGCCCAACAAGCCCUCAAGAAGGAGAGCCGAAAGUGCCGCCACGUGCCCCUUCUGAAGUGAGAGCCGAGCUCAAACGUCUGCAAGACGAGAUCAUCCAAAAAGCCUACCUGAAUCUAGACCGCAUCACCGAUCACGCGCAAGUAGCUAGCCCUGAGUUGCUUGCUGACUGGAGGGUUGGACCGGGAACCAACCCCGAGUCCGCUCGGUACAAGUUUCUGAUGCAACGGCGUAGCGCUGGGCAGAUCGAGGCAGAUCUCAGACCUCCGGCCGCACCCCCUGCUUGGCGUCACGGUAUCACCAGGGACGACCCUGUGUUCCAAGCUCAAUUUGCCUCGCAAUUUCCCCCGUACAGAGACUCCGAGUCGGUUUACCCGAAGCUGGUCGAUGGGAAAGUGGUUUUGACAUCAGAACCUAGCAAGGAGCAAAAGGCAAUGAAGGAGAGACACAUGAGGCGCGACAAGGUGGAUCCUGUGUCCUUUAACGACCCGCCAUAUGACAAUCCUUAUUCAAUGUACGCGAACUGGGACUAUGCCCCUCCAGUCGAUGCCGACAAACUGCAGUGGCGCCGCUCCUUCGAUGCUUGGCUUCAAAGAGCACUCGAUUCCGCUCGUCUCGUGGACAUUAAUCGCAAACCAUUCUUCUCGGGGAAGGCCCUGCCCGACGGGACCCACGAGAUGUACAAACCCAACUGGUCAUAUGAAUGGACCUGGCCGGAUCCGAACGACGAAGAAGGGCGGAAAUAUCAACAUGAAACCAGCCAGGGCUACGUCGACAACCGACUGGUCCGGAUCAAGGAAGACCUGGAGGUGGAACGCCGCCUGGCCAACGAGCGACUGAGAGCCGACAUUCAAUUCUAUAAGCGUUAUCCCAAGCCCGGCGAGACACGAAAGGAUCUGUAUCUGCGUCCGGUCGAUGACAAGGACGUCGAGCAGCUUGCGCGCAUCUUCACUCAUUUCUCUGAGAGAUCCCCGAUGAGCCUGGACGUUGGGGCAAUAAGCGAAGAGAUUGUUCGCACUCGCAUUGCAAGUGUCAAGGAACAUCGAUUGCCAUUCAUCGUGGCCGCAAAAUACCCUGUGCCCGGCGAGGACUCUGAUGCGUCUGAGAAAGUCCUUGGGUUCGCGCUUGCCGUCGACCAUGAUGGGCCCUUUACCACCGGCCAGUUCACGGUCAAGCUCGAGUUCUAUAUUUUGCCCCGGGAGCAGCAACACGGAGUGGGAACGUGUCUAUUAGAUAAGAUGCUUUCGGUACUGGAUGACAGGUACACCCCCAAACGAGGAUACCAUUUCCGCUUCUCGCCCGAAGAUGGCGCUGCCUACCGUCCCGGGGGGUUGCGAAACAUGGCGCGAGUGAUUGUGACGUGCAGCUUUCCCUGGCAUGAGCGUGAUCACUAUCAAUAUAUCCGCACCUGGCUGCAGCGGAAGUGGGGAUUUACCGAGCAAGGCCACUUGCACGGGACGCGAAUCAAAUUUGACCACUUGUGA